ACCGCUGUACCGGUACCUAAGCGACCACCGUUAUUUGUUUACGUUUUCCUAGAAUUUCAAUUUUGCUGAAUUCGCCUCACAUUGCUGGUUCAUACUUCACAGGCAUUCCAGGCAUCACUUCAGGAAGCUGAAAGAUUUUGUUUAGUGCUUUUCAGAAAGUGACCCAUUCACCAAGGACAAGAUGGGGAAAGCAGAGAAAGGAACACCCAAAGACCUGGCCAACAAAAUGAAGGCCAAGGGUCUCCAGAAGUUACGAUGGUACUGCCAGAUGUGUCAGAAACAGUGUCGGGAUGAAAAUGGAUUCAAGUGCCACACCAUGUCAGAGAGUCACCAACGACAGCUCCUCCUUUUCGCUGAAGAUCCUGACAAGUACCUGGACAGCUUCUCAGAGGAGUUCCUAGAGGGAUACGAGAGCCUUCUGAAGAGAAGGUUUGGCACAAAGAGAGUCCAUGCCAAUAAUGUGUACCAAGAAUACAUCCAAGACAGAGACCAUGUGCACAUGAACGCCACGAAGUGGGAGACUCUUACUGAUUUUGUCAAGUGGCUUGGGCGAGAAGGACGCUGCCUUGUGGAUGAAACUGAAAAGGGAUGGUAUGUUGCAUACAUCGACAGGGAUCCUGAGACGAUCCGAAGACAAAAACAGAUGGAGAAACGUGAAAAAUUUGAGAAAGAUGAAGAGGAAAGAAUGCAGGAAUUCAUCAACAGGCAGAUUGAGCUUGGGCGGGCUAAGCAUGGUGAUGAGGAGAAGGAAUACAAGGAAUUGCAACGAGAGAAUGAAGAUGAAGUCAUAGCACUUAACAUGAAGUUACCCUCUUCAUCUAAGAUGCUAAAGGCAAGUAGCUUCAAUAAAAAUAAUGCUUUAAUGGCAGGACCAAAAAGCAAGCCAAAGGUAGAGGAGAAAAUUAGAAAAGAAACAAAGAAGAGAACAGCUCUUGAUGAUAUCAUGGAAGAAGAACUCGAGAGUAAAAAAGUAAAGGAACAAAUAGCAAAGAAAAACAAAGCUGAAAAGGAAGGAAAGGCUGAGAUUCCUUGGUUAGCGAAAGGAAUUGUUGUUAAAAUUGUCACAGAAGAACUAGGAUCAAAGUACUACAAACAAAAGGGAGUUGUUCGAGAUGUGAUUGAUGACUACGCUGCGAUAGUUAAGUUAUUAGAUUCUGGUGCAAAGAUUAAGCUUGAUCAGAUGGCUCUAGAGACUGUUAUUCCCUCACUCCAAAGGAAAGUACUGAUUCUAGUUGGCAGACACCGUAAGAAAGAAGCCGUGCUCGAAAGCAUCCAGGAGGACUCUUUUAGUGCCACACUGAUUUUAGAUGAUGGUCAGAUGGUCAGAAAUAUACCUUAUGAACAUUUUAGUAAAUUAUACUCUUCCUGAUCAGCAGGAGAACAUUUUGUAUCUUAGUCUAUAUAUGCUUGCAGAUUAGAACUCUUAGAAUUGGUAGAUGUAUAUUUUUUAUUCAACAUAAAGUUGCUCUUAAUGUAAGAAAUGAAUAAUUUAAGAAAUGAAUUUGUAAAUAAAGGAUUAUACUGGUUUCCUGAUAAUAUUGACCAACUCAUGGAAUGGUCUGUUAUAUGUACAAUUUUGGAAUAUAUACUUUGAAAUAACUUUUAGAAUUUUAUUCAGUCAUAUUUUUCCCCACAGUAUGAAAAUUGAAUGUGACUAAAAUGCAGUAUAGUACAUAAUUCCCCAUUAAUCCCAUGCCUGUUACCAUUGUGGGGGGGCUUAGGAAACGAAGUCUGUGGCCCAAUA